UUGAAUCAUCGUUAGUAAAUCAAAUGUAUGCCUUUUGGGGAUAAUUUCAAGUUCAUAUUUAAAUUCGUUUUAAUGUGUAUCUGUCUUCUUUAUGUCUGUGUAUCAAAACUGGCUGACGCGUUGAAAAUGGGAAACAAACAAAAUCGCUUUGGCACAAAUAAAAAAUCUUACCAUGGCUGUAAAAAUCAAUAUCAAGUUAGAAUUUCUGAAGAGGAUUACCUACCAAUGACUCGAAAUAUGCAUUUUCAUCAUGGUGGAAGAACGACAACAAUCAAGACACCGAGUGAUAAAGGUCAGUGUAAGAAUGUUAGAAGCAACAAUGUUUUGGAUAAGAAUAUCAGAAUAAUAAAUAAUAAUAAUGGUAAUGCCUGCAUUGACGUAAAGGUGAAACAACAAUCGCCCCCAAAUACGACUAGUGUCAUAAGCAGUUCUCCAAUGUUGUCUCGAAAAACCAGUUAUGACUAUACUAACGCUCACAUAAGAAACAUGUUUCGAUACAGUAACUCACCCGGCGUAGAAGAGAUUUAUAAAAAUCCAUCUUGUGAAGAACCUUCUGUUGGUAAUAUACCAUCAAAGUUGGGCAGACCCUCCCUAUACCGAUGUGUAGCCAAGAAAUCAACAUCUAGAAGACUCAGUCACCGGUCUUCUAAAAAUAAAUGUGGAGUAUCUUCAACAUAUACUUCUUCUAGUUUUGUUUCAUCAUCCUCUCUUUCAACGAUUAUAUCUUACAAGAGAGUUCGCAGGAUAUUUAAAACAAUUAUUGAAGGGAAACAGGUGAGAAGGCGCAAUAAAAUUGAGAUAUCCAAGUUUAAAGAAAUGGAAGAAUUGGGAUUAGUUAUGGACGAAGGUACGUCAUUCUGUCGCCCUCGGUGGAGCGAGAAGUUCAUCACGAUGGUUUUAACAACAGCGGAGGCACCGAUAAAGGAAGCCGAUGAGUCCGACCAACCGAGGUCCUCACCCCAGACCUCUUUUUACCACUCGGACACACUACUGAGCCUACCUCAGUCAAACCGGAAGGAGUUAACGUCCCUCCUCCAGGAAGCACUCACUACCUCAUCGUCGCAGCCCACCGAGGCUGACCGUAUUCAGCCACCGCUUCAGAGCCCUUCGACCACCGAAAGGCUCCUGGCCUGGAAUCCUUAG